GCAGCAACCGACACCGACCACGACCGCCUCCUCCGGUGGGGUGUUUUCCACCGCGUCGAACCUGCUGUCCGGUGCAGCCGGUGCCGCCACCGGUGGCCUGUUCGGCAAAAAGCCCGCCGCCCAGCAACAGCAGCAACCGAUGCAGCAGCAACAAUCGUCCGGCCCGUUCGGUGGCUUCGGUAUGGGCGGCGGCCAACAGCAGCAACAGCAGCAGCAGCAGCAGCAACCAAUGCAGCAACAACCCGGUGGCCAGCCGGGUCAGCAGCAACAGCAGCAGCAGCAGCCCGGCGGUCCGAACAUCAUGGGCAAGAUCCAGGAGAUGGCGGCACCGGGCGGUGAUAUCCUGUCCAAAGGCAAGGAGCUAAUAUUUAUGAAAUUCGGUCUCGGCGGUAAAUAACCCCAGGCGUUUGAUUAUGAUUAUUGUUAUGGUUAUUAUCCUAAUUGUAACUAUCGUUCCGAGCCGCGAGCAACCGUUCGAUUCUGCGUCCGGCUCGUUGUUCGGCUUCACUAGAGUUUGGACGGGUUUGGCGAAAGUUUCGUGAUAUCACAAACGGUUCAAAAUUAUCACACACUUCCAAACACACACACACUCACACACAUACACGAUACAAAAGAAAAAAAAUAUUAGAAAAAAAAGAAGUGAGAUCGUCGAUCGGAAUCGCUAACAAUGAUAAUACCCUCCCGAACAAACAAACGAACAAAAAAAAAGACAAAACAAACAAUCACACAUUCGCGCUACAUUUCACCAAAUGGCUUUAUUGUUGUUCCUUGCUAUCCAAGCCUGCUCGCGCCUAGUCGGUAAGAAGGAGAGUGGGUGCGUGUCGGAUCAUUAUCCUGAAGCUGCAGGAUCUGAAAAUGUUGGAAUGGUGCCCGAUCUCGCCAAUGCCCGCCAAUGAAAAAUAUUCACUUUGUUACAAGGAUACACACAGCAGAAACAGAAGAAGAAAACAAUCGAACUCUCUAUCUCACUCUCUUUUCCAAUGCUCACUCACUCAACUUUCUCUCUUCUUCACUUCUCCGAUGUAUUUUUGCAUUUUUCUGGACGACAAUAGAGAAAUUUCCAAACCCCCCCGUAAAGAAAAACCGUAGCUAGUGAGAUUAACUAAAAAAAACACGCAGGAAAUACCGCAAGGACAUGCUAGCGUUUCGAAACAAACACGGCAAAAGGCAACAGCAACAUCAAUAGCAUACCGACACAGCAUAAUGUUGCGACCACGUGUAGCAAUAGCGUUUGCGUAGUUGUUUCUUAUUUUAAUCCCCCAUUCACCGGGUAUCCAGUAAGCAAAAACAAACGUUUGUCCACUUUAAUAGCUACACACACACACACACACACUUAGGCACUCAGACACACGCACAUACAUGUGCACAUUCCAGCAAACACAUUGGUUCGUUUGAUUCUUUGGAUUUCGUUCGACUUAAUUUAGAGAUCGGAAAUGAACCCCCAUCUAUAGUUAACACUACAGCGACCUGUCGUUUUGAUCAUAACUUUUAGAUAAACUUAAUUUUAUGUGAUAAAGAUCCUUCAAAGGUUUUUCGUUCAUGAAAACGGACAUGCAACAGACAUCACGUUGAGUAGACCAGUCAAAUUUGAGAGGAUUUAGAGAUUUCGUUUAAGACAUUUUGACAAGAAUUAAUCAUUUAAUUUAAUUGUUCAGUGACUAUCAGUGACAGUAGACUAUCAGUGAGGCUUCAAAUACUUAAUAACCCGCGAAAAAUUAUGCGAAAAUGCAAAACAAAAUGGCGGCUUCGAGUUCGAAAUAUCCUUGAGUGCGACAAAAUGGCAUAGCCAUUCAUGCUGUACAAGUACUAGUGUUUUGUGUUGCAAUUUUAAAAAAUGCUGGUCGUUGUGGUGUUAAAAAAAGAUGAAGCAGUGUUUUGCAUAUAGCCCUCGCCAAUAGGAAUAUCUCACGGGCUUUGACACGUUGCUCGAAUGUGUGUACAUAUAAGUUACCGAGUAAAGCGAUUACGGUGGAACAAAGUAGGCGAGGAAAAGUUUGCGGGUGCUUUUUUCACGUCAAUCGUUCAACAGGCAAGCGUUUAAAAUAGGAAAAUCUUGAGAUCUCUGCUCGAUCUACACUCGGUAAAGAUUUGUUCCGUUUUGAGCAUGUGCAUAACGAUCGGUUACGGUUCGGUGACGGAUCGGAGAAGCAAAUAAGUAUACAUAGACAUUAGUAGCUAAUAGUGUUACCGCUGCAAAUUUACGCACACAGCCCGCCAUGUUGUGAAGGGACGUAUUCCGCGAAACGAAGAAAAGGGUCGCGCCUCUGUUAUCCACUGUUGGACUCACAUUCUUUACCCAUCAGUACCUCUGGCGAGGUAUCCGUUACCGUUUAUAAAGCGCUACCUCUUCGAAGCGAUCGACGGAAGUGUCUCCGCGGAAGGUUUUGGAGUUGCUCCUAAACGUCUCCCCCUGUGCGUAUGCGUGCAUGCGUGAGAGUAUAGUGCAUUUUCCGGCAUUUUGAGCUGAUUUGCAUUCCGGGCCGUUGUUAGUGCCGUUUGGUUUAAUUUCAAGUUUUCUUUCAUUCUCGGUUCACUGUAAGUAAGCUUUCUUCAAGCAAAGGAGAUUGUGUGUGUGGUAUUAACCGUACGUUACGAGUGUUACAAUCACAACUUAAGCAAAGUGAGAGCAAAGAGUAAAAUAGUAGGGUAUAAAUAAUAAUACACUUUAAUCGUAAUCGGUAUUGUGCGCAUUGGCAAAAAACGGCGAACGCAGUAUCGUAAUAGGAAGGGGAUUAAACUUUAGCUAAUCGUUAUCAAAAAAAAAAAAACAGAAAAGAAACCCAAAAAACAUAAAAUCACACGUUUCUUCGUCAAACAAAGUAUUCUAUUUGUUAUUCUAGCUAAAACAAAAGGCAAAAACAAUGUGUGAGUGGUACGAUACAGCAACAAAAAAAACACACACAAUCGGUCGAUUUGGCUAAUCAUUCCGGUUAACAUUCGUGCAGUGUAUACAUACAAACGCUUCAUGUUUGAGAAUUUGAAACUAAACCGAAACAUACAUAAAGACACAGCAAACACCGAGGCAACGUAAAAUGUGGUGCAUGUACGUGUUUGGUGGAGAAAAUACCUUGUUGAGUGUUGUUAAAAAAAGAAGCAAAAUAACAGACAAUUAUUAAAACAAAUGUUUACACCGACUUACACACAAACACACACAUACAUACAUAUGCCGCUAUACACACAUGCUCUUAACUGCAAGGACUCGGUGUACAAUUAGGUGCGCGAUAGUAGCGAAAACGUCGACCGAAAGUGAAGAAACAUUGCAUUAGAUAAUGGGAAAAGUAGGGAGUGGAGUCGAAUCGGACAACAGCCGAAUGAGAAGAGAGAAAAAAUGGAAGCUAUAAAAACAAGGUGAUAUUUACAUUUAGAUGCGAUCGUAACCCAUAUCAUUCAAUUCCCCCACCCACCCCCAUUUCCAGCCCCAUUACUCCCCAACGCAUAUAUUAUACCACUGGCAUACAAAUUCCAUUGCAUUGAGGGAAACGGAAUAGCGAACAUUGUUGUUGGAGACCAUAUCGUGCUGUAGGUGGCAUUUUCAAUUGUGAGAUUGUAGAGUCAAAAGUAAAAUAAAAAAACCCACUCUUAGUUGGAUAAAUAUCGGAAGGACAAAAAAAUACAGAAAACAAAGCAAAAAAAAACACACACACAAAAUAAACACUUAAUUACCACAACUACAUUGUACCGCGUAUUCCGUUCGGUGGGAAGGCAAAAAAAAAGACAAAAAAGGAGAGAAAAGCUUAAAAAAGUAUAAACAUAAAUCAAACAAACUGCGCGUCAUUCAUACACGUCAUGCUUCUCUUCAGUGCUGUUUCACGAAAUGUCUAGCAAGCGAACAAAAUAGUAAAUUGCGUCAAGCCAGCAAACACAAAUGAUAAGUUAAAGUAUAAUAUAAAACUAAUAAACACUACACACAAAAACAAACACACACACACAUUGAACACACAUAAAAGCAUGAUACAACCUUAAGCAAAAAAAAAGACGAAGAAAGAAAAAGAAGUAAAGAGAAUAUCCAAACGAUACGCAAUGCGUGAAUCAAAUCGCAAAAGUAGUUUAGAAGCUAUGUAAAGAAAACAGAUCAAACUCUAUCACUACAAAAAAAUAACACAAACGAUGAAAGAGAAAGCAACAAAAAAACAAGAAAACAAAACUGUAAACAACAAAAAGUCAAGCAUAGCGGGAGGCCCACCAUCAACCAAAACCGGCCACCCGGUGGGAUAACCGAAUGCACUAGAACUUUAGGAGGUAAACAAGUUAAGUAAAUGUAUUUAAUAAGCGCGUCUGUAGCACAAUAUUUAACUUAACUGGAAGGAAGGAAGCGAAAAAGAGGGCUAGGUGCAAAAAAGAGGCCCCCACGGUUGCGAUGUCGAGCCGAGAGACGCAACAACAAUCCCAGCACUGUGCAACUAUCUUUAACACUUUAUCUUUAUCGCUAUCCAAACAACAACAAAAACAUGCUGCAAUCGAACAAACACAAGGCAGAGGAACAUAGCAAAGGGAAGUCGAAAGUGGACUCGUGUCGGAAUUCAUGCGAGAAUCGUCAAGCCGAUCUGGUUUCGAUCUGGGAAGCGUGAGCGUGUUCGAUCAUGAUGUCACGAUCGUUUGUUAAUUCAUUGUUGUACGUACGUUGCUCUGCGGAGGAAGUUAACCAUAUCCGGUGCGUUCUCUUUUUUUCCGCCUCCAUUUUCCAUGAUUCACCAUUUUCCCUUCCCCAGUAGAAAGCAGAGUCCUGUCAAGGCUAUUCCUGUUUUCCGGCGGUUGUUAACCGAACCGAAAUUCGUCACAUUCCCAUGAUAGUUGUUACAAAUAUGUUUGAAGAAGCGCAGCUAAAUGAAGCAAAGAGCCGUGAGUGCAGAGAAAAAUGUUAACCCGAAAGCUCGCAAAUUUUGAAUGUAAUUAAUAACUGUUUGGCCAGCGAAAGUUUAUUGGACAAAAACGCGAAAAAUUAAUAAAAAUCCACUCGUAACAACGCGACGCAUUUCCAAAUGCGCGCAAUUAAGAAGUGUGAAAUAUGGCUUGCAACACUAAAAUAGAAAGAAAUUGUUUGAACUUAACACAUUUGGGUAUGCCGAGGAAGCAGCAAAAGAAAUAUAUAUACAUAUAAAUAUAUGGUAAAAAUUACAAAUGACUGGAAUGAGAAGCGAACAGAAAACAAACUGUCACGAACACGGAACAAGCAAAAGAUCUGUACAUAAAAAGUGAAAAUAAAGUAAUAAACAACAAACACACAUCUUUGAAGAUGGCCAUUAGCGGAGUUAGAAGAACAUAGCAUAACGGUAUCGUACGGAGGCAGCAGAAACAAUAACAGAAACAGUACACCGUGACAACAGCGAGAAAAAAAGGUAACAAUAAUAUCAACGCAUAAAUAACAGCCAAACAUGAGACGAUCGCUCAUGGACGUCUUUGUUUGUCGCUUUACCCAGGUUAAUAGUAGGUACUGUAAAGAAGAAAGCAAAAACUAUUAGCAGUAAUCAUUCGAACGCCGUCGUUUAUCGAGCGCCGACGGCCACAGCAUAGAACCGUGACAGUGAUGUGUACAGUGACCAGGAACGGUGUACCGGGCAUGUGCGGCACGAGUUGGCAAGUGCACGCAGGAGACAAAUGAAAACACACAAGAAAGGAAAACACAAAAAACGACCACAAAUGUUUACCCACCAUAAUUAAAUUGAACAUAUUUACAACAAAAAAACUAAUAAAUUAUUGAAAACUUAUUCAUUAACACGAGAAACGCCGACGUUAAUGCUGAUCAAAAACAAAA